AUGCAGUCGUUUGCUCGAGGGCUUGUGUCAAAGAAGAAGCGGAGGUACAAGGAAAAUGGCUUCGACCUGGACCUCAGCUACAUCACGCCGCGCAUCAUCGCCAUGGGUUUCCCAUCAGAAGGUACAGAAGGCAUCUACCGCAACCCGCUGUCCGAAGUCUUGCGCCUCCUCACCAAGAUGCAUGACAACCACUACCUCGUCUUCAACCUAUGCUCGGAACGGGCGUAUGAUGCGGAGAAGUUCAACGGCCAAGUGGAGCGGAUACCGUUUGACGACCAUCAAGCCGCCCCCCUCGAGGUUAUCCAAGCCUUUUGCCUGAAAGCCGACGCGUGGCUGGCGCGGCACCCCCAGAACGUGAUCGUGGUGCACUGCAAGGCGGGCAAGGGCCGCAGCGGCCUCAUGAUCUGCGCGCUGCUGCUCUUCCUGGAGCUCAUGCCCGACCCGGACACCGCCAUGCGCUUCUACGCGGACAAGCGGACCAAGAACGGCAAGGGAGUGACCAUCGCCAGUCAGCGGCGGUAUGUGCGGUACUACAACGACAGCCUGGUGAAUGGGCCCCGGCCUGCGGCCAUGCUUCGACUGGUCCAGGUCAAAGUGACGGCCACGAUCGCGGUGAAAGGAGACGUAAUCCUAGUCGUCUCGUGCAACAACGGCACGGGAGACUAUAACGUGACGCCGGUACUUACGUCAACCGAGGAGGGCAGCAUACGGAGCUUGAACCGGCAGAUCGUACGGCGGACGCUGACCCUGGACGUCCGGCCGGUGCUGCUGAUGGGGGACGUCAAGGUGCAGCUGUUCGACAGGAAGAUCGCCAAGGACGCGUCUCUCUUCUACUGCUGGUUCAACACGGGCUACGUGGCAGAAGGCAAGUGGGCGGUGCAGCGGGACGAGAUGGACAAGCCAGCCAAGAGGCAAGGGCUCCAAUCGAUCUCGAAGACGACCUGCGUUUGGAGCUCUCUUUUACCGCACCCACGACUUCUGGCGCUCCUUCGGGACCUACAGACCCUGGUGCAGCACAAGCGGAAGACCGAGACUCGGACGGAGAUGAAGAUCCGUCCUUUCAGCGUCCUGAAAGUGGACACCCGCGUCCCGGCGGGUCCAGCAGCCGCCGAAGAAAUGCUGCUUUUGAAAGCGGACCUGGUGUCUUUGAGAGAGGAGCUGGAGGAAGAGAAAAAGGGCGCACGACAGCGAGAAGAGGCGCUCGCGGCGCGGUUGUCGGCGGUGAUGCCGCACGCGGAGGAGUGGGAGGCGCAGCUGCGCGCGCAGCAUGACGCGGAGUUGCGGCACGUGCGGGACGGAGCAGAGGAGAGGGAACGGCAGAGGGGGGCGGAAGACGUCCGAUGGCGAGAUCGCGAGAACGAGCUCUUGAUGGCCCUCGCGGAGGCCUGUGAUCAGGCGAAAACGUUACAGGGGCAACUAGAGGCGGAGGUGGCGGAACGCAGCAAGCUGCAAGAAGAGUUGCGACUCCUGAAAGGGAAGGUCGAGCGCGCGCGCCAGAAGGGGUGCUGCCCUGCCUGCGGCGCGGCUGCGCAGGGCGACACGCGCGGCUCGCCCCAAGCAGAGCGGCCGGCGUCGCCCCGGAGAACACAGGCUUUGCCGAGCCGACCUGUUAGCGAAUCCUCCGCCGAUGCACUACGCUUGAGUUCCGCUGCGUGGCGGAUCCGGGCGGCGACGGAAGGCCUUGUAGGGAAGGCGUGGCACGAACCAGACAAGUCCGCGUCCAACGAGCAGGUGAUGGUGGACCUGCAGGACAGCGUCACCCGGAUGCAGACGUUGAUGCGCGAGCUGCGGAAGGAGCAGAACAUGAACGGCAAGCUGAACGCGCAGAUCCAGUCCUUCCUCACAGCUGGGCAGCUCGGAGAAUUACGGCUGGAUCGAAAGCCUCUACGAGAAAAAGCUUGCACACUUUGGAAGACCUUGGUUUGA